AUGCCAUGUCGCAUUCCACCGGGACUGGUGCGCCAUGUUCACGGUGCAGCAGUCGAGGUGAGCUUGCUGAGCAGAACCCGAUUGAUCGUGGCUCACCAACGUGGAUGGCGCUGGGCAUUGGCCCUAGAUUUGUUCCGGGCGGUGCGAGCAAGCCAUCUCAGGCUGGAUGCCAUUUGCUUCAACGCUGCCCUUGCGGCCUGCCGGCAGGGUGCCCAGUGGCAAGCUGGCCUCCACAUCUUCUCGGAGAUGCCCUCCGAGAGGAUUCGGCCCAAUGCCAUCAGCUGCAAUACGUCGAUUGCCGCCUGUGCCCGGGGGGCUGCCUGGCACGUAGCACUCUGUUUGCUGGCUUCCGGUGUGGACAAGGUGGGUGGAGGUGCAGCGCUGGAUGCCCUCGCGCGUGCCGCCGAGUGGCAGCGAGCGCUGGUCCUCUGGCUCGCUUUGCCGGGCCUACGGGCCAUGCCCGACCAGGUCGCCCGGAACAGCCUCCUGGCCGCCUUCGCCGAGGCAGCGCAGUGGCGCGAGGGCCUGGCUCUCCUCGAAACAGGAGAAGACCUGGACAGCUACGGCCGCUGUGCGGCGGCGGGCUGCUUUGCCGCGGCGGCGCUUUGGAGGGAGGCCCUGGCCAGCGCCCUACCAGGUUUGGGCGGACCAGUGCAGGUCUUAAAUGCGGCGCUGACUGGCUGCGCCCGCGCUGCAAAGUGGCAACUCUGUUUGCAGCUCGUGCAGUCCGCGGUGAGUGCUUGUGGCACCCCGGACGUGGCCACAUUUGGCAUCGCCAUCAGCGCCCUUGAGCGCGGUCGGGUCUUCUGGGAUCGUGCGCUCUCACUGCUCGCAGAGUCGCAGCGUGGCUCGCUCAAUCGCACCUCGGUCUACAACACAACGAUUUCUGCAGUGGGUGCCACCAGCAGAUGGAGGAUGUCCCUGCACCUGUUACAGAGCAUGCGUGACCACGGCCAGGAACCAGACACCAGCAGCUUCAAUGCGAGUUUGUCAGCCUGCGAGCGGGCGUGGCAAUGGGAGCAGUGCUUGCAGGUCCUCUGGGAUGCGGGGUCUUCUGCCGAUGCAGCAAGCUACAGCAUCGUCGCGGGCUCCCUCGAGCAGGCAGGGCUUUGGCAAGAGGCGGUUCAGCUUCUGCGAGCGCUGCCGGACCUGCCGCUGCCGGCAUGGAGAGUUCUGGUGAGGGCAUCGGCGGCAAAAGGCUGGCAGUACAGCCUGCAUUUACUGCUCUCUAUGCCCUCUACGAGAGCCUCGAUGCCUCUGAGCGACUUGGCCCUGGUGGACGCGGUGCUGGGAGCCUGCGCUCGUAGCCUCGCCUGGCAGCAGGCCCUCCUCCUCCUCCUCGGCUCUGACGACCCGGGGGAUGCCUCUUGCCUUGUGCAGGCGCUUGAGGCCUGCGAGAGCCUCCACCAAAGACCGCAGUCCGAAGUGCUGCGAGAGGCACUGAAAGGAGCCCUGAGCCGCUCGGCCCUCCGCAGCCCGAGCCGAAAAGCCAACGACCGCACUGAGCGCGGCGUUUUCGGAGCGUCCGUGCACGGCCUCCUUACUGCCUCCUGGGUCUGUGCUCGGGGAUCCGGUCACGCCGGGCCGAGCACUUCUAUGGCCUUCGAGAGGAAGGUCCUUCAGGAGCAGGACUCAGGCGGAUCCGAGCUUGGUGGACUGGGCAGCGGGCAAAUGCGUUCGUUUCUCCAGCAGCGCGGCUUCACUGCAGGUGCCAGAAAAGCCACGCCAGCUUUCGUUUCCGGAUCGCGGCAGGUCGAAGCAGAGUAG